UGUUGCUACACAGAGACCUGAGCUGCUCAGGUGUUCUGUGCUUAAAUCACACUGAUUUUUAACUAACCAGUUCAAGAAAAAGGACCUUCCACCAGGGGAACUGAUUGCUGCUGUUUCCUUGCUGCAUUGAAAGGGAAAUAAUGCUCCAUUCAACAUUGGCCUUGUCCCUCCUGCUAAUUGCUGUCUCUUCCAACCUUGCGAUGGCAAUCAAAAAGGAAAAACGAGCACCUCAGACACUGUCAAGAGGGUGGGGAGAUGAAAUUACCUGGGUACAAACUUAUGAAGAAGGGCUUUAUCAAGCGAAAAAAAGUAACAAGCCACUGAUGGUAAUUCAUCACUUGGAAGACUGUCAAUACUGCCAAGAAGGAAAGGCAGCAUUUGAGAUGGACUUCAGAAUGAUCAUGUCUUUUCUAGCACUGAAGAAAGCUUUUGCAGAAAAUGAAGAGAUACAGGAAAUGGCCCAAAAUAACUUCGUUAUGCUGAAUCUCAUGCAUGAAACCACAGAUAAAAACCUGUCACCUGAUGGACAAUAUGUACCUCGAAUCAUGUUCGUAGACCCAUCUCUCACAGUAAGAGCUGAUAUCACAGGAAGAUACUCCAACCGGCUUUACACUUAUGAACCACAAGACAUACCAUUUUUAAUAGAAAACAUGAAGAAAGCACUGCGCCUCAUUCAGACAGAACUGUAACCAGCAACAGUGAAAUGACCAUAGCCUCUACGAGGUGAAGCUGCACUAGGAAACUUCACAUUUUAAAAUAUAUUAGUUAACCUCUCUGUCUCUACUAGCAUUUUGAACUCUUACCAAACAGCUUUGGUAUAUCAGAUUUCGUAAGAAAUUUACAUGUACAAUUUGAAGAAUAAACAUAGAAAGACUAUCAUGUCCAUUUGGAAAACAAAAGGAGAAAUCUAUUAAAGACUGAAAUCAGUUAUCUGAAUAAUUGAAAGUGAUGGUUUAGGGUGCAGCAACUUUGAGCUUUAUUUUAUCAAUCCAACUAUGACCUUAAGUCAUCCAUGACUUCUGAUCAAGAGUUAUAAUGAAUCUUUUUGAUGUCUAUUUGCAGUUUCCUAUAUAAUAGAUGCAUCUCAGCUCCUAAUUUUUAUUUUUAUUGCAAGAAGCUUGUAAAUUGCUAGUGUAACUCCAGUGCAAAUUUAUGUACUUAUUUCUCAUUAAAGGAAAAGAAACUUUGUUAGUAAAUCAGUUAGGAUGGCUCUUCCUACAGAUUUUGGAUUAGUUUUUAUAGAAAAAAAUCGGCAAUCUGGGCUUAGCUUUCUUCUGUGUAAUUCUUUAACUAUCAUUCUGAUAGCUGAAAACAGAACAGACAUUUCACACUAAGCAUGUGGUCUCAGUGAGGUGAUAAUCAUCAAAUAGCAACUACAGGUUUCGCUAUGAUAGAAACACAGUGAAGCAAGAGAGAUCAAAAGAAAAAGUCCCAGAACUCCACACCUGAGGCCAAGUGAUGCUUGUAAAAUCUGGUAUGGGAAAAAUUAACAGGCUUGUCCUAGCUCUUUUCAUUUAAAUGGCACUUGAGUCAUAUGAAGCUCAUCCCAUGUCAUUCCUUCUUUUUCUGUAGCACCCCAACCCAGACAUCAGAGUGGCAGCUUAGUGUGGGGACCUGUACAUACAAAGUCUUCAUAAAUUUUCCCCAGGGUCACCAAAUACAAGGGCAGACACCUGUUUUAAGCAAAAAAGUGAAGGCAGUUGAAAUAGUUUGUCAUCCUAGCAAUCUGCUUUUUCAUUAGAGCAAGCUAGUAAGCGAUUCCUCUGCAGUAAGAGCAUGUAUGUUAUAUUACAUGCUAAACACCAGCGUCACUUGUUUGUGCUACCUGCCAUUUCCUAUGAUGCUGCAUUUAUACACAUAUAAAAGAUGAAGGAAGGAUCUUUGCAGGACAGCUUUGCUAAUUUGAAAUACCUUGUAUUAAUUUGUCAUGAAUGAGUUAUAUUGCACCUAUCUGUCUUCAUAAUUAUAUAACUUUGAAUAUAAGUGUAUAUUCUAACAGUGGUGAUAAAAGAGGAAAAAAUUCCUGUAUUAGCCAUUAAUAAUAUAUUGUCUUCAUAAUCAGUUAAGUGAUUUUUUUAACCUAUGAGAGAAUGUUAGAAACAAAAUUA